AUGUCCUCACUGGAUCAUCAAACCAACAAUGAGGAUGAUUCAUUGCAACAAAGCCUACUCUCCCAACCAGUUCCUCAUGGAGAUGCACCAUCAGCUGCUUCAAUCAACAACGUCGAUAAAGAAUAUGAUACACAUCCUUUGGAGAAAAUUAGAAAACGUUCAUCGGGAACCAUCUCUACAAUUUUUUCAAUCAUCAACACCAUGGUGGGGUCGACAAUAUUAUCAUUAGCAUGGGGAUUUACCCAAAGUGGACUCUAUCUAGGAAUAAUUGUAUUUGUUCUGGUUGGUCUCAUUAGUUAUUACACUUGCAAUCUCGUAGUGCAGCACUCUUUGUUUAAAGUGAGAUAUGAUGAUGAGGGUCAACAACAACAACAACAAACCUCACCUAACGAAACCACUGCUAUCAAUAGUGGAGACAAAAUUGCUCUCUCUGAAGAAGAAUCUUCUGCUCCUACCACUUACUAUCAAUCAGUGGAUAAUAAGGAAGGAAGUACUUCCCUGCGUCAUGCAUCAACAACAACAAGAAAAAAGGUCAAAAGAAUUUCCAAUUACAUUCUUGACAUCAAAGAUUUUUCUCAGGUCUGUGUUGAACAUUUAGGAAGAUGGAGUGAAAUAUUAUGUAUCAUUACGAGUAUUGUGAUUUUAAUAGGAGCCAGUAUUGCCUAUCACAUUUUCAUGAAAGACUGUCUUAUGAGUAUCGUCACAGGAAUUUUUGACAUUCAAUACGAUACAACAAAAAUAUAUCCAUGGGACAAGAAUGGCCCACCUUGGUAUUGGAAUGGUAUUUUUGCUUCUGUGAUUAUUGUGGUGCUUCUGUUUCCCAUCACUCUGCUCAAGAAUUUGAAUUUUUUGGUGAAAUUUAAUUCAUUUGGAAUUUUCUUUGUGCUGUUUUUGAUUAUCUUCAUUAUUUAUGCAAGUAUUGAGGCAAUGGUGUCACCUUUUGAGUUUUCUAAUAAUAUUGCGAGCGUGUCAACAUUGACCAUGAUGUCUCUUAGCUCGAAUGUGAGCAAUAUCAUGACAAGCAGUAGUAUGAACACGAAUAGCGGUAGUAGUAAUGGAGAUUCCUGGAUGAAUCAUUUAUUGGGAGGAAUUUUGAGUAACAGUUUUGCAGGAAGUAGCAAUGCUCUUAGUACAUCUAGUGCUGCUCCUGGCCAGACCUCUCCUCCACAGUACAAUUUUGCUGAUGAUACUAUUGUGAGGGGAGACACAGUGUUGGUGAACCAUUUAUCAUUAUUUAAUAUUCAUUUCAGUCACUUGUUGGCAAUUUUGUCUUUGAGCUUUUUUAUUCACAAUGUAAUUGGACCUAUUUUGAAGAACCAAAAAUCAUUGAAGCAUACCAAACGAGAUACUGCGGUUGCUUUCAUUGUUGCUGCUUUGAUUUAUGCAGUUCCUGGAAUGUUGGGAGCAUUUGCAUUCCGGUUCUCUGUCACAAUUCAACAAAACUUUUUGAAUCAGUUUCCCAAUAAUAGCGUGUAUGCCAACAUUUCUAGAGGUGCAGUUUUGUUCCAACUCAUGUCUAUUUACCCUCUUUUAUUGAGCGUAAUUCGAGUUCAAUGUUUCAGUUUUCUCUAUCGAAAGAAUCCAAACAAGGAGAAGCAACAAUAUCCAGGAAUUUUACAAGUUGCUGCCUUGAACUUUGUGGUUUGUUUAAUUACAACCAGUAUGGCUGCUUUUUAUCCAAUGGUGGGCACAGUAUUGAGGUUUACAGGAGCUAUUUGCGGGUUGAUUUACAUGUACCUGUUGCCUGUAUCGAUCCACCUCGUAGUUCAGUACAAAAAGAAACAACUCACUGUCUUUUCUGUUGUUUUUAAUGUUUCCUUAGUGUUGUUAGGUUUAUCAAUUUUGGUUUUACAAUUUAUUGAUUUUGAUCAACUAACCAACAAAACUCCAACUGGGUAA